GGGAAAUUCCAGCAGGCGGCAGCCAACUAGCUACACAGCUCAAUGUUUGGUCGUGGCUUGGGAUUCACCAUGGCAACUGAAGAGGCCAUCAUCCGCAUCCCCCCAUACCACUAUAUCCAUGUGCUGGACCAAAACAGCAAUGUGUCCCGUGUGGAGGUUGGACCAAAGACAUACAUCCGGCAGGACAAUGAGAGGGUACUGUUUGCCCCAGUGCGCAUGGUGACAGUUCCCCCACGCCACUACUGCAUAGUGGCCAACCCUGUGUCCCGGGACGCCCAGAACUUGGUGCUGUUUGAUACCACAGGGCAGGUUCGACUUCGCCAUGCUGACCAGGAGAUCCGACUGGCCCAGGACCCCUUUCCUCUGUACCCAGGGGAAGUGCUGGAAAAGGACAUCACCCCGCUGCAGGUGGUGCUGCCCAACACUGCCCUGCAUCUUAAGGCCUUGCUGGACUUUGAGGAUGAGAAUGGAGACAAGAUCAUGGCGGGCGAUGAGUGGCUGUUUGAGGGGCCUGGCACCUACAUCCCCCAGAAGGAAGUGGAGGUCAUGGAAAUCAUUCAGGCCACGGUCAUCAAACAGAACCAGGCAUUGCGGCUACGGGCCCGGAAGGAAUGCUUUGACAGGGAAGGCAAGCAGAGGGUGACAGGUGAAGAGUGGCUGGUCAGGUCUGUGGGUGCUUACCUCCCAGCUGUGUUCGAAGAGGUGCUGGAUCUGGUGGACGCUGUGAUCCUUACAGAGAAGACAGCCCUGCACCUCCGGGCCCGGCAGAACUUCAGGGACCUUCGGGGAGUGGCCCACCGCACUGGGGAGGAGUGGUUAGUGACAGUCCAGGACACAGAAGCCCACGUACCAGAUGUCCAUGAGGAGGUGCUGGGGGUCGUACCCAUCACCACUCUGGGACCUCGACAUUACUGUGUCAUCCUUGACCCAAUGGGACCAGAUGGCAAGAACCAGCUGGGACAGAAGCGUGUUGUCAAGGGAGAGAAGUCCUUUUUCCUCCAGCCAGGGGAGAGGCUGGAAAGAGGCAUCCAGGAUGUGUAUGUGCUGUCAGAGCAACAGGGGCUGCUGCUGAGGGCACUGCAGCCCCUGGAGGAGGGGGAGAACGAGGAGAAGGUCUCCCACCAAGCCGGAGACCGCUGGCUCAUCCGUGGGCCCCUGGAGUAUGUGCCCUCUGCGAAAGUGGAGGUGGUGGAGGAGCGCCAGGCCAUCCCUCUGGACCUAAAUGAGGGCAUCUAUGUGCAAGAUGUCAAGACCGGGAAGGUGCGGGCUGUGAUUGGAAGCACCUACAUGCUGACCCAGGAUGAAGUCCUAUGGGAAAAGGAGCUGCCUCCCGGGGUGGAGGAGCUGCUGAACUUGGGGCAUGACCCAUUGGCAGACAGGGGUCAGAAGGCCACAGGCAAGACCCUUCAGCCCUCCGCUCCAAGGAACAAGACCCGAGUGGUCAGCUACCGUGUCCCACACAAUGCAGCCGUGCAGGUGUACGACUACAGAGCCAAGAGAGCCCGCGUGGUCUUUGGGCCUGAGCUGGUGUCACUGGAUCCCGAGGAGCAGUUCACAGUGUUGUCCCUGUCUGCCGGGCGGCCCAAGCGUCCCCACGCUCGCCGCGCUCUCUGCUUGCUGCUGGGACCCGACUUCUUCACUGACGUCAUCACCAUUGAGACUGCGGAUCACGCCCGGCUGCAGCUGCAACUUGCUUACAACUGGCACUUUGAGCUGAAGGACCGGAAUGACCCUGUAGAGACAGCGAAGCUUUUCUCCGUGCCUGACUUUGUGGGUGACGCGUGCAAGGCCAUUGCAUCCCGAGUCCGAGGGGCUGUAGCUUCUGUCACCUUUGAUGACUUCCACAAGAACUCAGCUCGAAUCAUUCGCAUGGCUGUUUUUGGCUUCGAGACAUCCGAAGACACGGGUCCUGAUGGCACCCUCCUGCCCCGCGCUCGUGACCGGGCGGUCUUUCCCCAGAACGGGCUGGUGGUCAGCAGUGUGGAUGUGCAGUCUGUGGAGCCAGUGGACCAGAGGACGCGGGACGCCCUUCAGCGCAGUGUCCAGCUGGCCAUUGAAAUCACCACCAACUCCCAGGAGGCAGCAGCCAAGCAUGAGGCUCAGAGACUGGAGCAGGAAGCCCGUGGCCGGCUUGAGAGGCAGAAGAUCCUGGACCAGUCAGAAGCUGAAAAAGCCCGCAAGGAACUCUUGGAGCUUGAGGCUAUGAGCAUGGCUGUGGAAAGCACGGGAAAUGCCAAGGCAGAGGCCGAGUCCCGUGCGGAGGCUGCCCGGAUCGAAGGAGAAGGUUCUGUGCUGCAGGCCAAGCUAAAGGCAGAGGCGUUAGCCAUUGAGACGGAAGCUGAGCUCGAGCGAGUAAAGAAAGUGCGAGAGCUGGAACUGGUCUACGCCCGGGCCCAGCUGGAGCUGGAAGUGAGCAAAGCGCAGCAGCUGGCAGAUGUGGAGGCAAAGAAAUUCAAGGAGAUGACGGCGGCUCUGGGCCCCAGCACCAUCAAGGACCUGGCUGUGGCUGGGCCAGAGAUGCAGGUGAAACUUCUUCAGUCCCUGGGCCUGAAAUCCACUCUCAUCACAGACGGCUCUUCUCCCAUCAACCUCUUCAACACAGCCUUCGGGAUGCUGGGGCUGGGGUCUGAUGGUCAGCCGCCAGCGCAAAAGUAACGUGGCAUGCAGGCCCAGCCUGGAGAAGGCUGCUCCUUGUCAGGCCCUCCUGCUCCAGGCUCUUUGAAGCAGCCACACUGUGCCUUAAGGUCAACACUAACUGUCCCGACAAUGGAUAAAAUAAAAUGAUCAUUUUGGAAAUUUUUUUUCUGUCACCUCUAGCCUGGGCGACAAGGGAGCUCACUGGCCAAGAGAAGAUGCCCCUCAAAUCUUGAUAUAAUUACUGGAGACUGUGCUGUUCUCCGAGGAAACGGGGAAAACUAGCCUGGAGUUACAAUGUUAAGGAUGCAACCCAAAGCCUUCCAAGCCUGUUGUCCACAGGCUGUAGACCACGGCUUUCUAGAACCCAGGGAGGGGAGGGUGGUGCUGUAGGAGAAUUCUGUCGGAGCAGGACAAACUGGGACCACUCCUGCAGUGGUCCUUCCCCGAAUCCUGGCCAUUCACUGAGUCUCCCUCGGGCUGCAGAGCCUGCCCAGCCUGCCCAGCCUGCCCCUGGAGACUCUCCUUUGGCGCCACCUGCCGGCCUCACCUUAUAGCGUCUGUAGCGCCUGCAGAUGUGCCAAGCUGCACCAGGCACCCGUGUACUUGUUCCCGCCCAGAUACGGCUAUUAGAUUGGGGAAGAGGACCCCGCUUGGGACAGCAGGGUCUAGAGCACACUCUGAAACCCCUGGUCUUGGCUCUUAAGGAGCGUUAGGGUGCCCUCUUUCCUAUCUGUCCCCCAAACUUUAUCCCAAACUUGUGAAGGGCUUUAAUU